CUACAAGGUACUAGUACCUAUCAGAAUUCAGAAUAUUUAUUGAUCCAGUGCAUCACUGCAGCUACAAAUGGCUUCCUGAUUCCCUAACCGUAGCGAUUAUCAGUUACAGAAUCCCGGUAGUGAUUGUGAUCAAUUUGAAUGUUAUUAGAUAAAUCGUCUUGUUUCUACAUAUCAUUUUUCUGUGGUUUCUAAACUGGUUUCUUAAACGUCAUUCUUGGUUCUACCCAGUCAAAUGAUAUUUUACGACUAUUGUUUAUGUGAACUUUGUACAUUUUCAUAGUCGUCGAACUUGUUGAAUAAGAAUCUCGAUUUUAUAAGAUACCAAGUAUAGUAUCAGUGUGUAGUGCUACUACUUGUUCAAGAAGAUGUCACUAAAUAAACUAGUAGGCGGAGACUGUGGGGGGAACAAUUCUCUAGUGCAACUAUCAAAUAUUGUGCGUCGUGAUGCUGGUCUAUCACAACCACUAUCUCAGGCUGACAGGUUUGUUAACGAAUUUAUGGCACAGAAUUCGCAGACACCACAAACCUUUAAUAUGAAUACUCUUCUUAAUAAUUUGCCUCAAGAAAACAAAGCUAAAACUACACCUGGUCCCUCGACAUCAUCUUACGUGCCAGAUGUUAAUACCCACAUGAACAGGUCAUGGACAGCAGGACCGUCUCCUUCCUUUAUGACACACAGUGUCAUGUCAAAUUAUCCUAUGAUGCAGCAGCCUAUGCUUCUCCCGCAUGCAGUGCCAAAGCCCAAUCUACAGGUACAAUUUAUCAAUGAAGCAGAAGUUGCAAAUCUGACGAGUGCUGAUGUUCAAGGCAAAGCUCAAGAGUAUGUUAAUACCAUGAAGAAUGACAGUGACAUCGAAUAUAAUGAGUUCAUGUCCUUUAUGAAAAAGAUAAGCGCUGGAGAAAUCCGCCUAGGUGAUGAUCCAGAUUCAGAUCAGACACAGAGAAAAAUGAGCAGGGAGGACAUAUUGGAUCAGAUGAGUGAAAAAUACAAAGAAGAGUGGGAGAAACUCAGUGAUGUUAAUAAUUACUGGGACUCCGAAGCUGCAAAUGGGAUUGCUAAAGAAUAUGCCUUUUCUGAAGGCAAUGUAAUGUUGGAAAACAAAAGUGCUCUUGAAAUAGGAAAGGAAAAAUUAAAAAUGGGUGAUGUACCUGGAGCUGUCUUGUGUUUUGAAGCUGCUGCACAACAGCAGCCAGAUUCAGCAGAGGCCUGGUACCUGCUAGGUACAACGCAAGCUGAAAAUGAACAAGAUCCUUGGGCUAUAACAGCUUUAAAAAAGUCUUUACAAAUUGAUCCUACACAACUAGAAGGCUAUAUCACAUUGGCAGCGGCAUAUACCAAUGAAAAUAUGCCUAAGCAUGCUUACAUCUCUUUAAUUAAUUGGCUAAAAGCCAGUCCUAAAUAUUCUAAUCUUGUGCCAGAAGACAUAGACCCAAUGAAAUUGGAAGUUAAAGAACUAGAGAGUCAUGUAAAGUCAUUGUAUCUUAAAGCAGUACAUUCAAAUGUUAAUGAAAUCGACCCUGAUGUUCAGAAUGCUAUGGGUGUAGUUUUCAAUAUCAGCCAGGAAUAUGACAAAGCUGUAGAUUGUUUCCAGACAGCUUUAAUGGUAGCAAAGGAUAAUGCAAAGCUUUGGAAUAGAUUGGGAGCCACUUUGGCAAACAGUGACAAAUCAGAGCAAGCUGUGGAUGCCUAUCGUCAGGCCCUGGGUUUGGAACCUGGAUUUAUACGAGCCAGAUACAAUGUUGGAAUCACAUGUAUGAAUUUAGGGGCUCACAAAGAGGCAGCAGAGCAUUUCUUGGUGGCACUCAACCAACAACAUAAAGCUAAGAGCAUGUUUCCUGAAUCAGCUGCUACUGACACUAGUUCUUCAACAAUUUGGACAACUUUGAGGAUGGUGUGUGCCUUUAUGGGAGAACACGAUAUUGCAACUUUAAUCGAUGAGAGGAACUUGACUGAACUGAAUAAAGCAUUUCAGAUAGAAUAAAAUCUAAGUAAAUUAUUUGGAGCUGGGAAAGAGGUUUCUAUUACUGAGUAAAUAAAUAUUCUAUUAGGCAUUUACAUUUAAAAUGUAUCCAAUUUAUAUGUAAAGUUAGCAACUUAUUAUCAAAUCUUCUAUACUUUCCAUAUUAUUUGUAAUAAAUAAAUUGGGUGAUAAUAAUUAUUUAUUUUAAUGAAAUGGGACUGAAAAUAAAUAAACAUUUUUUUAUUUUUCUAUAUAUUUUUUUAUUUAUUUUUGACAUGCAGAAAACUACAAAUUGAAUCACUCAAUGGGCAGCCUUUUGGAUGAUUAUUAUAAAACCAGCAUGGUUUUUGUUGAACUUUUAUAGUUGUUUGUUUAUUAAAUUUUCUUUUUCUGGUACCAGCAUUAACUUCAUUUAUUGUUUUUGGAUAUCUUAGCCCAACUCUACCAGAUUGGACUUGAAAUAUAUUAUGAUUAUUCUUAAGGAGAGUUUGUAUUCCUCCACAUUCAGAUUUUAAUGUACUUAGGUGUUCUUUAGGUAUAAGAUGUAUCAAUUCACUAAAUUCUGCAGUUUUUCCUAAAGACCAGUUGGUUUCUGAUGAGCAACCCUCUAGCAAGUACCUACUUAUACAGUCAACUAUGGAAUUUACAAUAGACUUGUCUAUUUGUGUACAAUUCUUUACUCUCUCCACUGGUUCUCGGGCUUUAAAUUCUUUUUCUAUAUUUUUAUUGUGUAAUGUAUUUGAAGAAUCCUUAUUUAUUAAGUCAUCUAUUCUAUUGCAGUAUUGUGGAUGUUCUUCUUGUAGAUAUAUCCUAUUGUUACUAACAAAGCAUAUUCUUUUAGUGCUAGGAAUCUUAAGUCUAUCUGUGUCUAUAUUAAAACCACAUGCAACACAUAACUGUUUUAUGUAGUCUAAAUAAUCAUUGUAUUGACUUUUAUAUGAAUUUUUGCGCUGAUAUUUGCUUCCAUCAAAAUUGUAUGCACAACAUGGAAGUAGAAAAAAAUUGCAUUUAUAUGAACUCUUAGCUGCUAUAACUGGUAUCCAUGGUGUAAGCUCAUCCGAGUGGUUUCCAAUAAUCCAAUCUAUGUCAGGAAAUAAUGAUGUAUCUGUAGGUGUAAUAGUUUUUUCCUGUAAAACAACUCCAGGAGGAUACAUAUCCCAAAUAUUUCUUUUUCGGACAUCUAUGCCUACACCUGUAUGACCUUCCUGGGAAAGUAUAUAGACCAAUAAACCAUUCCCACAUCCUAGGUCUACAAAGGAUUUGCUUCUCCUGGGUUCCUCUCUCUCCCAGAGCAGUAAAAGAUAAGCCGCUAUUGCCACAUCUUCAUACACAAAUUUUGAGGCAUCUGUACAUUCUGGCCAAAUCUUGACCAUUUCCUUGCCAUAUUUCACCUUUAAAUCAUUGUACUUCUCAUAAUACUUAGUUUGAGAAACAAGUGACAAUGAUUCAUUGCACAUGUUAGACUUAGUGCUGCUUUCUGAUUCAGUUCCCCACUUGAUAAGCUGAGGCAGCAAAGUGUUGCUAAGCCAUUUAAAUGACUUGGAAUUUUCAUCUAAAAUAACAGUAAGUAGAAUGUGGCUGGUAUUAAGCUGAAUAGUAUAUGAAAAAUCUGGGCAUAAUUUUUGUUCCUGGUUCAAUGGUGUGACAUCAUAAAAGGUUAUUGAGGAUUUAUCCUUCCAUAAGCAAGCUACUUGGUAACCUUGUUUAUCAGAAUAGUUUUUGGGAAGUAAUUCCAUAAGAAGAACUUCUACUUGGUCUUCAUUAUCAGAGGUAUUAGGCAAUAUGUUAUCAACGUCCAGUUCAUUAAGGAUUUGAAUUUUAUAUUGUUCAACAUUGUCAGUAGCAACAAGAUCACUAAGCAGAUGUAAAGUUGCUGGCAGUUUAAAUGGAGUGCUUUUGGGUUUACAAGUAUUUCUAAACCAUAUUUUGCUGCCCCAUAACCUCUUAUUAAUUACAUGAGGUUUUGUUAAUAAAAUAUUAAUUGAUUCCCAAAAAAGAUGUGAAGUCAGCGCCGUUUCCAAAGAUUUAGUCAUUUCUGUCAUUGUUCCAACGUUUCCUAUAUACUAAAAUUAACACUAGCGUAAUAUUAUAUUUUAUUACAACUUUUAACUUGUAAAUGUAAUCCUUUGAAAACUUUCAAAGUUUUUGGUUUUCUUGCUUUUCAAAAUGACGGUAUCAGCUGUUUCUUGUUUACGAUUCCUAACUGCUGUCAUUUGGUGAACAAUACGUUCAAAAACAACAAAAAAAAAUAACUUUUUUUAAAUUAAGAGUAUUUCCAAUUGUAGAUAUUAAAAUGUAAAAGUAAGAAAUAUUUUCUUUUAAUUUAUGAUAUUAUGAAUGUAACGAAAAGUUAUGAGAAGACUUAUCAUAUUAUUAGGAAUUUAAAAGACAAAAGUAACUAAGAUUUCGAUAGUGCCAUUAAAAACGAAUGAUUAAUUCUCACAGCCUACUUAUUUAUUAAAUUUUAUUACCCUACUACUAUUGUGAUGUUAUUUUGAUAAGUUUUAUUUUAAAAUAAACAAAAAAUCUAUUUAGACAGAAAACUAAAAAGUUCAAGGGUCAGAAUACUUGAUCUCAACAGAUGUGUCACUCAAUUUUUUUAAUUCUGUUUGUAUGAUCUGUGCAGGACAUAUUUUUGAAAAUAUUUUUAUAUUUUUGUUUUCUAUUUUAUAUUUUAGUUAAUUUGGUAUCGGUGUUUAGGAUCUGAUUAAUGAUAUUGAUAAAUUAAAAUUCAGAAAUAGGCAGGUGUAUGUAGGUAAUGUCAUACACUGAGCUCGAACAUGGCUAUCAAGGGUUGCGGCAAGCUACUCAGCCCCAAUUUUAUGUCGGAGAUGACGGAAAUCUUGUACCAAUAAGAUCAUCAGUAAGUUUACAUUUUGAUGUUGAUGUUGUUUUUGCCAAUCAAACAUGAUCGACGUAGAUACUUGCAGAGCAAUGACCUUUUGCACUGUGGUAUGAAAUAGAGAUAGUGUUAUGUAAACUAAAACAGAUAUAAAAUAACAAUUCAAACACUAAUAGUAGUGAGGUCACUCAAGUGAAACGAAUCCAGACUAAAUAUUAGUCAGCUAAUAUUAUCAUUGUCCACUGUACACUAAUACAGCACUGAUAACACUUGUGAGCACAUAACUGCUUGCAUGUUGAGUGCUGGAUGGCUAGUGGCUACACUAAAUUAUCCUAUAUUGUAUGGACAUAAUAGAUUAUAAUAUUUAUAGGUUUACAUGCUGACAAUGACAAGUGAGGUAAUGUAGUAUGUUAAUUUAUGUCAAGUUUAUCUUAGUUAUCAAGUGUAAAGUAGUGUCAACCAAUCGGUGGCAAGGUUGGCUGUGUGCUUAUCAUAUGCUAUGAUAGGAAACAAGUGUAUAGAUAGUGUGUGGUGAUGGAGUGGCAGUGGCUUAAAGAUUGGUGGCGUCUCAAAAGAUGGAGGAAGGACAAGAAGGGCCAGAGUGAUGAUGACAUAUGCUAUUGUGAUGACUGUCUGCCUGAUGGCGAGUUGGAUCUCUGCGAGUCGCUGGACCCGCACAGCGAUGGCGGGGGUAAGAAAGUGGUGGUCGGCGUCUGCGCCAUGGCCAAGAAGUCGCAAUCGAAGCCGAUGAAGGAGAUCCUGACGCGGCUUGACGAGUUUGAGUAUAUCAAGAUGCUGGUCUUCCCAGAGGAGGUUAUCCUUAAGAAACCGGUAGAGGAGUGGCCCAUCUGUGAUUGUCUUAUAUCCUUUCAUUCAAAGGGCUUCCCUUUAGACAAGGCCAUUCAAUACGAGAAAUUACGGAAGCCCUAUGUUAUAAACAAUCUUCAUAUGCAGUAUGACAUUCAGGAUCGUAGAAAAGUAUACGCUAUAUUGGAGGGUGAGGGUAUAGAGAUACCCAGGUACGCAGUAUUAGACAGAGAUUCGCCGGACCCCAAACAUCACGAGCUGGUUGAGUCGGAAGACCACGUGGAAGUGAACGGCGUGGUGUUCAACAAGCCCUUCGUGGAGAAACCAGUGUCGGCUGAAGAUCAUAAUAUUUAUAUUUAUUACCCCACGUCCGCUGGUGGCGGCAGCCAACGACUCUUCCGAAAGAUAGGGAGUCGAAGUAGUAUAUACUCUCCAGAAUCGAGAGUCAGGAAAACAGGGUCGUUUAUCUACGAAGACUUUAUGCCAACAGAUGGUACGGACGUAAAGGUAUACACAGUGGGCCCUGACUACGCACACGCUGAAGCGCGCAAGUCUCCGGCAUUAGACGGCAAGGUCGAAAGGGAUUCGGAGGGCAAGGAGAUCAGAUAUCCUGUCAUACUAUCCAAUCAGGAGAAACUUAUAUCCAGGAAAGUUUGUCUCGCCUUCAAACAAACAGUUUGUGGCUUCGAUUUACUUAGAGCAAACGGCAAGUCUUUCGUGUGUGAUGUAAACGGAUUUUCGUUUGUGAAGAACUCGAAUAAGUACUACGAUGACUGUGCUAAGAUCCUGGGGAAUAUGAUCUUGAGGGAGUUAGCGCCGACGUUGCACAUUCCCUGGUCGGUGCCCUUCCAGCUGGACGACCCGCCCAUAGUGCCCACCACCUUCGGUAAGAUGAUGGAGCUACGCUGCGUGGUGGCCGUCAUCAGGCACGGAGACAGGACCCCUAAACAGAAGAUGAAGGUGGAAGUUCGGCAUCAGAGGUUCUUUGAAAUAUUCGAGAAGUACGACGGCUUCAAGCGUGGCCAUGUCAAGUUAAAAAAGCCGAAGCAACUCCAAGAGAUCUUGGAUAUAGCUCGCGCAUUACUAUCGGACAUACAGACGCGUCACGCCGACCCUGAAAUUGAGGAGAAGCAAGGGAAACUAGAACAACUCAAGAGUGUUCUGGAAAUGUACGGUCACUUCUCAGGCAUCAACCGCAAGGUGCAGAUGAAGUACCAGCCCCGCGGCCGGCCGCGCGGCUCCAGCUCGGACGACGGUAACGCGCCGCCGCAUCACGGAGGUGGUGGGGAGCCAUCGCUUGUGUUGAUCCUGAAGUGGGGCGGGGAGCUGACGCCGGCGGGACGCAUCCAGGCUGAAGAGCUCGGCCGCAUGUUCCGCUGCAUGUACCCCGGGGGGCAGGGCCGACAUAUACCCGGUGAAGGUGGUACCCAAGGUCUUGGGUUACUCCGCCUCCAUUCCACCUUCCGCCACGACCUGAAGAUAUAUGCAUCAGACGAGGGACGCGUGCAGAUGACGGCCGCUGCCUUCGCUAAAGGCCUGCUCGCUUUAGAAGGGGAACUAACUCCAAUUCUAGUACAAAUGGUCAAAUCUGCUAACACAAAUGGAUUGCUCGACAACGACUGUGAUUCCUCUAAAGUUCAGAAUAUGGCAAAAGCUCGUUUGCACGAGGCGAUGCAGGUAGACCGUGACUUCACCGAAGAGGACCGGUGGCGCAUCAACCCGUGCGAGUCUGUGAGCAUCAGUGCCGCCAUGGAGUUCGUCAAGAACCCGGUGCGGUGCUGUGCACAUGUACACACGCUCAUACAGCAACUUGUACACAUUGUACUCACUAAGAAGGAUGACCCUAAGACUAAAGACACGAUAUUAUACCAUGGUGAGACGUGGGAGCUAAUGGGUCGCCGAUGGGGUAAAAUAGAGAAGGAUUUCUGCACGAAGAACAAGACUUAUGACAUAUCGAAGAUCCCGGAUAUCUACGACUGCAUCAAGUAUGAUCUGCAACACAACCAGCAUACGUUGCAGUUCGACUUGGCGGAGGAACUUUACAUUUAUGCCAAGUACUUGGCUGAUAUUGUAAUACCUCAGGAAUACGGACUUACAAUGCAGGAAAAGCUAACAAUUGGCCAAGGUAUUUGCACGCCACUUCUAAAGAAGAUCAGAGCUGACCUGCAGCGGAACAUUGAGGAGUCAGGGGAAGAAACAGUGAAUAGGUUAAAUCCCAGAUACAGCCACGGCGUGUCGUCCCCCGGGCGUCACGUGCGCACGCGCCUGUACUUCACGAGUGAGAGUCACGUGCACUCACUGCUCACUGUACUGCGGUUCGGGGGACUGCUCGAUGUUAUAAAAGACGAGCAAUGGCGCCGCGCAAUGGAGUACGUGUCGACUGUGUCGGAGCUAAACUACAUGUCGCAGAUUGUGGUCAUGUUGUACGAGGAUCCUACCAAGGAUCCUUACUCGGAAGAGAGGUUCCACGUAGAGCUCCACUUCAGUCCGGGCGUGAACUGCUGCGUACAGAAGAACUUGCCCCCCGGGCCUGGCUUCAGGCCACACAGCCGGAAUCAUUCCACUACUAAUAACUCGAGUUCGUCUGAUGAGGUGAAGUGUAUCGAGGAGGAAGGCGAAGAUGACAAUAUGGCAAGUCAAGAAACAUUGCAGCCAGACGCUGAGGAACUUGACAACACAUUCUCGCCGAAGAAAUUGUCCAAAUCAAAGAUUAGGCCUUCUGAUCCUAUACCCAUUUGCAACCUGCACUACACAGUGAGCGGACACGAGGCGUCCACGCUGGCCGCGCGCCUCAACGCAGAGCUGCGCGCGCGCAGUCACGCGGACGCACCCACUCACGACGACGCACAGGGAGAUGAAAAGGAACCUAAGGACGUGGAAGAAGCCCCUCCCCGAGCUCGUUCGUAUGACCAGCAUAAACAGAGCCACGACAACGAAUCGGAGUCAGCGCUGGCGGGCGCCGUGGGCGCGCGGUACACCAGUCUGCAACACGUGCCGCGGGAAGGGCGGCGCCAGCGGCACAGCAUCGCCGGCCAGAUGAGCUACCUCAAGAUGCUGGGGCUCGGCGCCCGCGGCAAGCUGUCGGCCGCCGGCCUCUUCAGCACGGCCGUCAUCUCCGGGUCCAGCUCUGCGCCCAACCUCCGAGUCAUGAUCCCCACGGCGGCUUCCAGCAACGCCGCGGUGGAGGGGUUCGGCGGAGUGCCGGCCAUCCGGCCGCUGGAGACGCUUCACAACGCGCUGUCGCUGCGGCAGCUGGACGCCUUCCUGGAGCGCGUGACGGCGGCGCCCGUGGUGCUGGGCACGCCGCCCGCGCCGGCCGCGCCGCUGGCCCACAAGCAGCCGUCGCCCACCAACAGUGAGUGCCCGGCCGCGCCGCGCGUUGUGUCCCUGCCCGUACUGACGCUCUGCUCCGCAGGUGUGGGGUGGAGCGGCCCGUCCUCGCUGAUGUCCUCGUCGGGAGAGCUGCCGAGCGGCUUGUCGUCUGCGGGCCCCUCCUCGCCUAAUUCUAACUACGCCUCCAACUCGGAACAUAAGACCACCUCCACGGAAAGUAGCAAUUGGAGUAAAAAUGUGCCGAGCAAGCUCCCUCAGUGGGAGGGCGAGGCGGCGACCUUGUGCGCGUUGGACUCGAGCCUGCACCCAUUCAUGCCGCACUCCAACGUAGCAGGUUCAUCUAUUAGCGGUGACGUGACGCCGGUGUCUAUCGCCUCCGAGCUGGAUUUUAAUAGCAACGAGGCUACCGCCGGCUCCAUUACAGACCACGAACUACUGAGUACGGAAGGUGAAGACGACGAAGGGACCCUUUCAGUAGACUGGUGCGGGUCGCCAGUCAAGAUGAUUAAGAACGACCUGAGUCCCCAGACCUACGCCGCAGCCAGUUCCCUCCGAUUGGACAACAGUCAGCCGUCCACUAGUAAAUGCUCCACUGAGUUCUUCGGGCUAAGCUUACAGCAAACUAAAGAAUGUUUCUACAAAGACAUGCCAUCGAGUAGUAAAAAUUACAACUUAGAUAACGAAGUUAAACCAAAGUUUUCUAAAGAAAACACGCAGUUUGUUACCAACAUAGACUCGCUUAAUUUGCAAAGCAAAGACGGAAAGAACAAGAUUAAGAAGAAUGAAAUUCUAAACAAUGGAAGUAGAAGGUACAGCGACAGUAGUGCACAAAAGAGUAAUGUAAGUUCCCAAGCGACUGUCUCAGGCAGUAGGUUCAAAACGACUUUAGUCACAGACGAUCUGCUAAGGCCAAGCACUUCUACUGACAAUACAAAUAAUUUGGUUGCUAACGAACAAGGUUUGCCGUCGGUUACGAAGGCUAAAAAAAGUAACGUGAAACCAGGCUUCACCGUGUCAGAGACAUAACUGUAGUAGUACAACUCUCAUAUACUUGAGUUUAUGCUUUAGGAAAUAAUUAUGUAGAAUGACCACCAGAGUUGCCCAAGUUUGGAAUACAUUUACCCUAUAGAAGCAUCAUCUGUGUGGCGAUCCAACGUUUUAAUUUCAGUAGUUUAAUGCAUUCAGUGUAGUAUUAUCAAAUCAAUCUCGCGGCCUAGAACAAUACAUAGGUACAUUUCCUUUUGCCGUUAAUUAACUUAGUAGUGUUUUUCGAGUUAACUUAUAUUUUUUUACUCAUUACUGUGAUCAUUUUAAUGAUAUUUUCUUGUGAGCUUAAACUGCACAUUCAUUAAAAAUAAAAUAAAAUUAAUGCUUUGCGAUUAUACUUUACCGUCAUGUAAAUUAGUUAUUUGUAUAUUAUGCUGAAGUUUCAAUUAAAUGUAAUUGUAUCAAUGUUGUGUUCAUAGAUAUAAUAAUGACUGAAUCAAAAGCAGUGUAGUGAAUCAAUAAAUUAUUAUGUUAUAUUGCUUCUUGCAUUACCAGCUCGCUUGAUUGUGCGCAAAAUAAUAAAUAAAAUUUUCUAAACAUGUUAAGAUAUUGAUAUAUUGAAUGUAUUAUUAUAGAUAAGAAUUUACAUCAAUAAAUAAAAUAAUUGAUUAAACAA